AUGAGUGAAAAAUGUUCCACGAAGCCACUGCCUGGCAAUCACUGCCGACGCAUGCCCACCAACAGUUGCUUGUCUGGCAGCACCUCCCACUCCCUCACCUCUUUCUACCAUUUGUCUUAUAAGACCCAAGAGGAGGUCGAUGAAAAUUUAUCAAGAUGGCAGAACAUUCGUAACGUGCCAAAGUGCUGGGACGCCAUAAGGCUUCUACUCUGCACUGUCUUCCUGCCAAACUGUCAGUACAAUUCCAGCAGUGACACAUCUCGAGUUCAGUUGCCUGACAAAGAGCUGUGCAAAAAGGUGAAAGAGCCGUGCAAGUUGAUUGAUGAGUUAAAACUCUGGCCACGUUAUUUGCAGUGUGAUAAACUUAACACUUCCACUGGCUGUCUUAAAGAGAUAAAGUUUGCAGGGUUUCAAACUCCUGGCACUUGUGUUGAUCCUUUGACAAUUAGCAACAACUCCAAAUUAUGGUACUCUGGCUUUGAGGGCUGUAGUUUAAAGUGCCAAAAUCCAUGGUUUGAUGAUAAUGACCAUGUUGUCAUGCAUACAUUAGUUGCCCUCUUGGCCAUCAUUUGCAUGAUUUGUAAUGUUUUUGCAAUUAUAACAUUCAUAUUGAACUGGAGUCACCUCAAUGUCUUUCCUGACAACAUAAUUUUCCACUUGAACAUCUGCUUCUUUGUGUGCACGUGCUUCUGGCUGGUUCAGUUCGUCCCAGGGCUACGUUAUGACGUCAUGUGCAAUCCUGAUGACGAUACUCCGGUCCGGACUGACGCACUGUUCAGAUGCAGUCUGACCUUCAUGGUCAUCUACUUCUUCAGCUUUGCAUCACUGCUGUGGUUAUCCGUCCUGGCAUACACCUGGCACAAGACGUUUGAGAAAUCUCGCGAGAGUAUUAGGAGGAAGAAGGUUUUUCUUCACGUUGGUGUCUGGGCCGUAACUGUAGUGCUUACUGUUCUCUCCGUGGCUCUUGUUCAACUGGAGGGCAACACUUUGACUGGGAUAUGCUUCAUAUCAUCCGUGAACAACAUCACAUACAAAUUUUUCCUCAUACUCGUUCCGUUUGUCAUUGUCUGGUUUCUCAGUUUAUAUUUCUUCUUUAAAGGUCAGUGGCUCUUUUUCGAGUGUGAUACUUGA